CAUCACAUCACAACAAGAACAAACAAAACAAAUGGUAACAACAAAACACAAUAACAAAGUAUGCUUUAUUAAAAUCUUUUUCUUUAGCUGUGUACAGUUUGAGAAAACUGUGAUUCACAAUGGAAACAAUACGAUUUGUCCCGGAUGAUGAAGAAGAAGAUCUUUAUUCUGGUUUCAAUGAUUUCCCAUCUCCUCUGUUCAACACAAAAGAUUUAGACCAGGACGAGUAUGUGCAGAUUGCCCUUCGCUCUUCAUACAGCAAAAGGCCUGGAUUGUUAACAUCAAAACCUGGAACAGCUAUGCGAUUUGGAACAUCUUCUGGGUACAGGGAGGGCUCAGUCCGGGUGAUGACGGGUCAGGACCCAGUGACCCGGCCAAUGACUGCUGUUAGAGGCGCCGGGUACACAUCCGCGGGACGUGCUGGGUCUGUGUUUGACCCACUGAACCAAGCGUCGGCCCCACCACUGGUACACGCCAAGGCGGAGGAAAAACCUGAAGACAAAAUAAAGAAGCUAGAACGUAGAAUCACCGAGUUGAUUGAUGAGUCGUGUUUGGCUGCCAGCAAACAGCAACUGCGACAAGCCUUGGACAAGGCGAAGGAAGCCUCGACUAAGGAGCGGAACUUGAUCCGACUGCAGGAGCAAGCUGGACUCUCUGAUACUCACAAUCUGGACCUUACGUUCUCUGUACUGUUUAACUUGGCGAGUCAGUACGCGGCCAACGAGAUGUAUUCCGAGGCCAUCAACACUUAUCUGGUGAUAACAAAGAACAGGAUGUUCCACAAUUCCAACAAACUCAAGGUGAACAUCGGAAACAUCUACGUCAAGUUGGGCCAGUAUCCGAAGGCCAUCAAGAUGUAUCGGAUGGCUUUGGACCAAGUGCCAAACACACAUAAGGACUUGAGGAUCAAGAUAAUGCACAAUAUAGGUAUUCUGUUUGUCAAGAUGGGCCAAUUUAGCGACGCCUGCACCAGCUUUGAGUACAUCAUGCAGGAGAAACCAGACUUCAAGGCAGGGCUCCACGCUAUAGUCUGCUAUUACGCACUUGAUGACAAGGACAGGAUGAAGCAAGGGUUUCAGAUGCUACUGGAGGUGGUGUUGGACAUUGACGAUGACGAAAAGUACAUACCAACAUCGGAUGAUCCUGCCUCCAACUUAGUACUGGAGGCUAUCAGGACAGAUAGUUUGCAUGCUUUGGAAAAACAGAUGAAGAGGGAAGCGGAGAGAAGUAUUCUGACGGCAGCAAAGCUCAUAGCUCCAGUCAUCGAGGACAAUUUCACUGCAGGAUACAACUGGUGUGUGGAGGCUAUCAACAGCUCCAUCUACGCUCCUCUGGCCGGAGACUUGGAGAUCAACAAGGCAGUGAUGUUCCUGAAACAGAAGGACAUUGCACAGGCGAUGGACACUCUCAAGACCUUCCAGCGCAAGGAGAGCAAAGUAGCGAGCACCGCUGCCUCCAACAUGGCAUUUGUUCAUUUCUUGCAAGGAGAUCUAGAGCAGGCAGAGAAGUGUGGGGAGAUGGCCAAGGAAGUGGACGGCUACAAUGCAGCGGCUUAUGUCAACCUGGGCAACUGUAGUCUAGCCAAGGGUGACCAGCAGAAGGCUAAACAGCUCUACACUCUGGCGCUGGACAAUGACACUUCCUGUACUGAGGCUCUGUACAACCUGGGUCUGGUGAACAAGCAGAUGGGUUUGUUUGAAGACUCUCUAGACUGUUUUCUCAAGCUGCACGCAAUAGUGAACCAUCACCCGCAAGUCCUGCACCAGCUCGCGCAUCUGCAUGAGCUGGUGGGAGACGUGGACCAAUCUGUCGAGUGGUUUCUUCAGUUGCUAGGGAUCAUACCGACGGAUGCUGGUGUGCUUCAUAAGCUGGGAGAAAUAUUUGAUGGUGAAAACGACAAACAGCAAGCCUAUCACUACCACUUUGAGUCAUUCCGCUACUUCCCAUCCAACUUUGCCGUUCUUGACUGGCUCGGAGCUUAUUUUGUCUCGAUGCAAGUCGCGGAGAAAGCAGUAGCCUACUAUGAGAAAGCCGCCUUGAUGCAACCCAACGAGCCGAAAUGGAGGCUUCUGAUUGGCUCGUGCCACCGUCGCAGCGGCAAUUAUCAGCUGGCACUCCGGACCUACAAGGACAUACUGCAUGAGUUUCCUGAGAAUAUUGAAUGUUUGAAGUUUCUGGUCAGAAUGUGCAGUGACAUGGGCCUGCCUGAAGCUGCUACUUAUGCGAUGCAACUGAAAAAGGCAGAAAAAGCCAAAGAGCUUAGAGAAAGAAUCGGAAGCAGCCAAUCUGGAACUGGCUCUAGACGUAGCAGUGGCAGGUCGUCCCAAGGUGUUGCCAGUCCUCUCAGUGACUCUACACCUCCCACCAGAGGUAGCCUCACAUCAGCCUCUAGACAGGCCAAGCUGUCUGUGCUAGAGUCACUACUUGCUCUAGACGUAGCAGUGGCAGGUCGUCCCAAGGUGUUGCCAGUCCUCUCAGUGACUCUACACCUCCCACCAGAGGUAGCCUCACCUCAGCCUCUAGACAAGCCAAGCUGCUCUAGACGUAGCAGUGGCAGGUCGUCCCAAGGUGUUGCCAGUCCUCUCAGUGACUCUACACCUCCCACCAGAGGCUCUAGACGUAGCAGUGGCAGGUCGUCCCAAGGUGUUGCUAGUCCUCUCAGUGACUCUACACCUCCCACCAGAGGCUCUAGACGUAGCAGUGGCAGGUCGUCCCAAGGUGUUGCCAGUCCUCUCAGUGACUCUACACCUCCCACCAGAGGUAGCCUCACCUCAGCCUCUAGACAAGCCAAGCUGUCUGUGCUAGAGUCACUACUUGCUCUAGACGUAGCAGUGGCAGGUCGUCCCAAGGUGUUGCUAGUCCUCUCAGUGACUCUACACCUCCCACCAGAGGUAGCCUCACCUCAGCCUCUAGACAAGCCAAGCUGCUCUAGACGUAGCAGUGGCAGGUCGUCCCAAGGUGUUGCCAGUCCUCUCAGUGACUCUACACCUCCCACCAGAGGUAGCCUCACCUCAGCCUCUAGACAAGCCAAGCUGUCUGUGCUAGAGUCACUACUUGCUCUAGACGUAGCAGUGGCAGGUCGUCCCAAGGUGUUGCUAGUCCUCUCAGUGACUCUACACCUCCCAACAGAGGUAGCCUCACCUCAGCCUCUAGACAAGCCAAGCUGCUCUAGACGUAGCAGUGGCAGGUCGUCCCAAGGUGUUGCUAGUCCUCUCAGUGACUCUACACCUCCCACCAGAGGUAGCCUCACCUCAGCCUCUAGACAAGCCAAGCUGUCUGUGCUAGAGUCACUACUUGCUCUAGACGUAGCAGUGGCAGGUCGUCCCAAGGUGUUGCCAGUCCUCUCAGUGACUCUACGCCUCCCACCAGAGGUAGCCUCACCUCAACCUCUAGACAAGCCAAGCUGCUCUAGACGUAGCAGUGGCAGGUCGUCCCAAGGUGUUGCCAGUCCUCUCAGUGACUCUACGCCUCCCACCAGAGGCUCUAGACGUAGCAGUGGCAGGUCGUCCCAAGGUGUUGCUAGUCCUCUCAGUGACUCUACACCUCCCACCAGAGGUAGCCUCACAUCAGCCUCUAGACAGGCCAAGCUGUCUGCUCUAGACGUAGCAGUGGCAGGUCGUCCCAAGGUGUUGCCAGUCCUCUCAGUGACUCUACGCCUCCCACCAGAGGUAGCCUCACCUCAGCCUCUAGACAAGCCAAGCUGCUCUAGACGUAGCAGUGGCAGGUCGUCCCAAGGUGUUGCCAGUCCUCUCAGUGACUCUACGCCUCCCACCAGAGGUAGCCUCACCUCAGCCUCUAGACAAGCCAAGCUGUCAGUGCUAGAGUCACUACUUGCUCUAGACGUAGCAGUGGCAGGUCGUCCCAAGGUGUUGCCAGUCCUCUCAGUGACUCUACGCCUCCCACCAGAGGUAGCCUCACCUCAGCCUCUAGACAAGCCAAGCUGCUCUAGACGUAGCAGUGGCAGGUCGUCCCAAGGUGUUGCCAGUCCUCUCAGUGACUCUACGCCUCCCACCAGAGGUAGCCUCACCUCAGCCUCUAGACAAGCCAAGCUGUCAGUGCUAGAGUCACUACUUGCUCUAGACGUAGCAGUGGCAGGUCGUCCCAAGGUGUUGCCAGUCCUCUCAGUGACUCUACGCCUCCCACCAGAGGUAGCCUCACCUCAACCUCUAGACAAGCCAAGCUGCUCUAGACGUAGCAGUGGCAGGUCGUCCCAAGGUGUUGCCAGUCCUCUCAGUGACUCUACGCCUCCCACCAGAGGUAGCCUCACCUCAACCUCUAGACAAGCCAAGCUGUCUGUGCUAGAGUCACUACUUGCUCUAGACGUAGCAGUGGCAGGUCGUCCCAAGGUGUUGCCAGUCCUCUCAGUGACUCUACACCUCCCACCAGAGGUAGCCUCACCUCAGCCUCUAGACAAGCCAAGCUGCUCUAGACGUAGCAGUGGCAGGUCGUCCCAAGGUGUUGCUAGUCCUCUCAGUGACUCUACACCUCCCAACAGAGGUAGCCUCACCUCAGCCUCUAGGCAAGCCAAGCUGUCAGUGCUAGAGUCACUACUUGCUCUAGACGUAGCAGUGGCAGGUCGUCCCAAGGUGUUGCCAGUCCUCUCAGUGACUCUACACCUCCCACCAGAGGUAGCCUCACCUCAGCCUCUAGACAAGCCAAGCUGCUCUAGACGUAGCAGUGGCAGGUCGUCCCAAGGUGUUGCCAGUCCUCUCAGUGACUCUACACCUCCCACCAGAGGUAGCCUCACCUCAGCCUCUAGACAAGCCAAGCUGUCUGUGCUAGAGUCAGGCGCAGAACCUAGCUUCGGCCGCAGUCAGUUCCAGAACAUUGAUGCGAGCUACUCAGAUCCGCUCGGUCCUCAAGAGCGACCUCGGACUGCGGCCCGGAGCAGGAGCCAGGUUGACGAUGAGUUCGGAGAUGAAGACCUUGCAGAGUUUUUGUUACCAGAGUAGCUUUUAAGUUGCGUAGUCUUAGAAAAUAAAAAUACCAAAGA